AUGAAGACCUUCAUUCCUCUCGCUCUUGCCGCCGCCGUUUCUGCCCAGACCUUCACAAACUCGCAGUUCACGAACAGCGCCUCGGUUACGAACUGCGUUGUCAACGCUGGCGGAAACACCUUCACACUAGGCACCGACCAGGGAUGCACUGCUACUAGCACUUCUGCGAGCGCGUCCGCCUCCGGAAGCAGUGGCUCCGGGUCCGGGUCCGGGUCCGGGUCAGGCUCUGGCUCUGGUUCUGCCAGCGUCUCCGGCUCCGCAAAGGGCGGAUCUGCUGCAGCGGCGACGGGCUCCGCCACUGGUUCAGCAGCAGGCGGCAAGGGGGCCUCGUCGUUCACCUCGGGCGGCACCUACACCAUCACCGGCGCCUCGUACACAAGCACCUACGUUGCCACCGGCAGCAACUACGGCUUCGGUAGCGGCUCUGGGAGCUCGACCUUGAGCACCGCCGUCGGAAGCGGCGGCUCCGGCUCCGGCAGCGGUGCAGGCGCCUCGUACAAUGGUACCUACACCAGCGGCGCCACUGGCAGUGCCGGUGGCUCGGCCAGCGCGAGCGCCAGCGCCAGCAAGUCUGCGGGUAACAGUGGUGCCUCGGGCUCUGCAGGAGCUCAAGGCACAUCCGAGUCGUCGGUGCCGUCCACUGGCGGUGCUGCCGUGAAGAGCGCGAGCGGAGUCCUAGCAAUCCUGGGUGCCGCUGCUGCCUACUUCCUAUAA